CCCCAUAGGAAGACACUGAUAGGUCAGUCAAAUCUGAAGAGGCGGGACGAGACCUAAGUAUUUAUUUCAACAGUGAGCAAGAAAAGGUCUGUACAGUAACAGGCAAUUAAAAAAAGUGAGUCAAAGUAAAACCCCAAUGAUUAUAAGCAGUUUAAACAGAAAUACUGAAAGCAAGAAACAACAGCUUCACCAUUAGGCAUUUAUACUCUUUGACAAAAAGAAGAAAUAAUAUUGAAGAAUGGGAACAAGCAGAUUAGCAUCGUGUAUGAUUAUUGGUUUCAUAAGCAUAUGCAUGACUGAGAUCACUGCCACCAACAAAGGAUUUUCUGUAUCGAUGUACACUGUGACAUCAAAAAGCAUUUCAGUACAAUGGUCCAGGGUUCCAGGAAUCCACUCAGUCAAGGUCACUGCGACUCCUAAAACCGUACCAGGGACUCCAGUGUUUGUUCAGUUCAAUGGUGCCACAAUCAUUGGGUCCAUUGUCUCCCUGACCCCUAGUACCAGCUACACUGUGAAUGUGGAAGCUAUAGACAGCCUUGGCACCGUGCUGGCAAGCGCUGAGAUUGAGCAACGCACAGCCCCUGAUGUGCCCAGCAUUGACCAGGCAUACUCAAAGCAGAGUAGCAGCAUCACUGUGGAAUGGACAGCAGUUGCUGGGGCCACUGGCUAUACUCUGAGAGCCGAAGAUGGGAAAUCCAUCAUUGAAACCACAGUCACUGACUCUCCAGGAACAAUCACUAACCUGGACCCUGCUACUCAAUACAUGAUCAGCCUCAUGUCUGUCAAUGCAGGAGGGAGAAGCCAGCCCUCACUGCCCAAGAAAGCAAAGACAGUUCUGGCCGCACCAGUACUCUCCUCCAGUUCCCCCAGCAAUGACUCCAUUGUGGUGACCUGGGAGCCAGUGUACAUGGCCGUUGAGUACAAGCUUUCACUCAUGAGGGCCGAUGGAGUAGGCAGUCGGCUGAAUAUAAACACCUCUCAAACCACCAUGACCUUCUCUGGACUGGAUUCUGGGAUCACCUACAGCAUAAAAGCCAAUGCUUGGGAUUCCAGCCACACUCAGGGAGAUGACUUCUCGGUCACUCAGAUUACAAGACCCGCAGUUCCGAGCUCAGUUGAGCUGGCUAUGAUUAGCCGGUCCAUGGGUGUGGAUGUGUCUUGGUCUUUGGUGGAGGGGGCUGAGAUUUACACAGUUCUGGGCUCCAGUAGACUGAACUGCACCUCAGUGUUCUCCUCCUGUACCAUCUCUCCCCUGGAGUGUGGAAAUAACUACUCAGUCAGUGUGGUAGCCAGCAAUAAAGCAGGGCCUAGCUCCCCCUCCGAACCUGCUAAUUUCCUAACAGUUCCCUGUGCCCCACAAGGCAUUAGAAUAGAAGUGGUCAAUCCUGGCAACCUGACAGUGUCCUGGUCCACAGUACCCCUCGGAGAAUACUACAUAGUCUAUGUGAAAAGAGACGAUGGCUUGGAGGUGUUCUGUAACACCACGCUGAGCACAUGCGAUUACCAGUUUCAGUGUGGCUUUACAUAUUUCACCACUGUCUUUGCCUAUAACGCAGCUGGACAGAGUCCUUUAGGCAGUGUUUUAAACUACACUACUGCGCCAUGCUGUCCAGCUGACAUCAAGCCAGCCUUUGUGUCCAGUGACACUCUGGAGAUCACCUGGUCCCCAGUCCGUGGGGCUGAAGUGUAUGAGACCAGGGCAGGCGAUGGGACCAGUGUGAUUCACUGCAAUGAUACAGCCACUGUCUGCGCCCUGUCUGCGUUAAAAUGCAACACCAGAUACAGCGUGAUCAUCUCCUCCUGCAGUGAGAUCAGGGGCUGCAACACCUCCUGUGUGCCACAUUACGUAACGACGGCUCCCUGCAGCCCACAGAUCAAGGUGACAGAGGUGACUCCGUUCACGUUUAAUGUCUCCUGGAGCUCAGACAACAAGAAAGCCAAUUACACUGUGUCGAUUCGUGGGGGGGUGGGUCUGGAGGCGGAGUCUAGGACCCACAGAAGCUCUGGGAACUUCUGGGUUGUAUUCAGUAAUCUGCCCUGUGGCUCCACCUUUUACGUUAGCGCCAUUGCCACCAGCCCUGAAGGAGAGAGCUUGCCCAGCUACACCGUGCCACUGGAGACAGCUCCCUGCUGCCCUCAGAAUCUGACGGUCACUCAGGUGACACAGGCCAUGACCAACGUGAGCUGGUCUGUCGGACGAGGGGCUCAGUCAUACGUUACCAUGCUGGAGUCUCUCCGAGGAGAGGCCAAGUGCCACACACUGCAGUCCCACUGCCUGCUGGGAUGCAUCACCUGUGGGACCAACUACACUGUGUCCUUGCAGUCUAUUAGUGACACUGGCCUUACAUCAGAGUGCAUGUACCAAGGAUACUCCUCCAGUGCCUGCUGUCCUUCCAGUGUGAAGCUGUACAGACUGGCUAACAAUGCAGUCAGAGUGUACUGGCGUGCCCCUGGCGGCUCCCACAAUUACACUGCAGAUCUGUAUGGGUCCAACGCCAACUACACCUGCACCCCCUCCCCAGGGUCCAGUUCCUGUGACAUCAGUGAGGUCUCCUGUGGGGACGUCUACACUGUCGUUGUGUCACCCAUAACCAGUAAUGGAUCCAAAGUGACAUUCUGCCCGAGAAAAGUAUAUUCAGUAUCCUGUUCCGGAAGCAAUGUUGGAAUGGUUAUAUAUCGAGGAAAAAGAAGUGUGGAAUAGCGAAAGAAUCUCAACCUGAAAUGAAAUCAAGUACAUCCCGAUGAAAGAUAUUAGACAACUUCCUAAACACCUGUCUCAAAAAAAUAAUUAUAUAUAGAGAGAGAUUAUACUUAAAUGGUUGGCUUCACAGUCCCUAGUUUGCAACAACUUAGAGGUAAAGAAACACAAUAGCUUCCCGGAAACAUGGUUCACUAAUUGAACGAUGGCAAGCAAAAACCAAACAAUGCACCAUGCCAAAAAAUGAGAUCUGUUUUUCACUGCUGUAAUAAAGUAUUCUGACCACCACUGAACCAGUCUGUAAAUUGACAUGGUUAUCUGACAGGGUGUAAUCUCUGGUAAGCAAGAUGCUCAAGUUUGAAUCCCUUACACUUUCAUACAGCCUGUCAGCCUGUUUUAUUUUUCAUUUACAUUGAUUAUAUGCAAGGUUAUUACCAUUGGAUUUCUAAAUGAUUUCAGAUAUCUAUACUUAAGAACAAUGUAACCAAGUAACAAGAAGUAAACCUCCAGAGGAAAUGUGAGAGUUUUGGAAGAAGACUUAAACAGUGUGUUUUUUUUAUUACUUCAUAAACAACAAUUCUAGUAAUACUAGUAGUUAAUUAAUGACUGCCCCCACACACUUGUUGUUCAGCCUUUAAUAUUGUGAGGCUGGACACACUUUUCCUUAUACAAAAAAAAAUUAGCACCUGCAACAUAUAGUACACACUUUUGGGUAAAAGGCUGUCCCUCCCAUCACUGAUUUAUGUGUAAAUGAAAAUAUAAUAUCCUCUUGAGACUACCAUACAGUCUAUUAUACAACAGAGGUUGGAAGACGAUAUAUAAAAGCUGCAUCUCCCUGUUGCAUAUCAGUUUCAAUCCUAAUGUUAAGACAGCCGAUCGUACAGACAUACCCUUUAGAAUGAUCAGUGCCAUCCUGGCUGCCCAAGGUGGCCACCCCAACAUUUUUUAUUUUAGACAGCUGUUUCUAAUUUCUGGUUCUUAAGAUGAAGAUAAAUGACCUCAGUUUGUCUCAAGUCAAUCAAAGCUUUCCUCACAUUUCCAUCGGAUGUCAUUCAAUUUCUCUUGCUAUUUCUUGGAAUGUGAUUGUUAUAAAUUGUAACAGUGCAAUCCAAACUCUAAUAAAAUAUUGUGUCUU